AUGGAAUGGUUUCGGAAACCAUUGUUAAGUCCGGCACGAGAUACAAAACAUGAAUUAUUCAUUCGAAAUGUUUUAAUUCAACACUUAGUGCUACCUGCUCGUUUAGAUCUCUCAAACCUAUAUGGAAUAAUUCCUGAGGAAUCGUAA